CCAGUGGCUAACUGACUAGCACAUGGGGCUAGCGAGUGGAAAUGAAAACACAGCAAAAACAACUCAGUUCGUGCUUCAACAGGCUGGAGCAGCACUGACAUUUGCGUCCACGACUUGCGGCCGGCUCAGACACUCGGGUGAAGAGAGGAGCAGAGUUAAUGGGCUUAUGGGAUGAUUUGUGAUGGACAGGCCAUUGCAAGAAGCCAAAUCUACUCUGAAGCUCAUCAGGACUGCACAAGGACACUUCUGAUAUUGGUGCUCUGAUCAAGUGGCAGCCGCGGGAGAGCUGAAGAAUGGGCCGAAGGAAAGCGGCUGCUGUGACUUCCCCCUCGUCCCCGAGAGACUCCGGAGACGACGUCAGGGUCUGCAGAAGGAAGCACAACAUCUGCAUGGUGUCUGACUUUUUCUACCCAAACAUGGGAGGAGUGGAGAGUCACAUCUAUCAGCUGUCCCAGUGUCUGGUUGAGAAGGGACACAAGGUGGUAGUCGUCACCCACGCCUAUGGCCGGAGGAAGGGGGUCCGGUACCUGACUAAUGGGCUGAAGGUGUACUACCUGCCCCUGCAGGUGAUGUACAACCAGUCCACAGCCACCACGUGCUUCCACAGCCUCCCGCUGCUGCGCUGUGUGUUUAUACGGGAGCAAAUCACCGUGGUGCACGCUCACAGCUCCUUCUCGGCCAUGGGCCACGAUGCUCUGUUUCACGCCAAGACUAUGGGUCUUCACACGGUGUUCACCGACCACUCGCUGUUUGGCUUUGCCGACGUCAGCUCCGUGCUCACCAACAAGCUGCUGACCGUGACGCUGUGCGACACCAACCACAUUGUGUGCGUCUCGUACACCAGCAAGGAAAACACCGUUCUCCGAGCGGCGCUCAACCCGCAGAUUGUGUCCGUCAUUCCCAACGCCGUCGACCGCACCGAUUUUACCCCUGACCCUUCUCAGCGCCAAACUGAGCGGAUCACCAUCGUUGUCAUCAGCCGUCUCGUCUACCGCAAAGGAAUUGACCUUCUUGGUGGAAUAAUCCCGGAGCUUUGUCUCAAACAUCCCGAUCUUCAUUUCCUGAUCGGUGGAGAGGGACCGAAAAGAAUAGUGCUGGAGGAAGUGAGGGAGAAAUACCAACUACAUGACAGGGUGCAUCUGCUCGGGGCUCUGGAACACAAAGAUGUGCGUGGCGUCUUGGUUCAGGGUCACAUCUUCCUGAACACCUCGCUGACCGAAGCGUUCUGCAUGGCCAUCGUGGAGGGAGCCAGCUGUGGACUGCAGGUCGUUAGCACUCGCGUGGGAGGCAUUCCUGAGGUGUUACCCGAGGACUUGAUCACGCUAUGCGAGCCCACCGUACGAUCACUGUGUGCUGGUCUGGAAACGGUCAUCGCCAGGCAGCGGUCCGGCUCUGUCCCGUCCCCGGACUCCAUCCAUGCACGCGUGAGAAACCUCUACACCUGGAAGAACGUUGCAGAAAGGACAGAAAAGGUGUACGACAGGGUGACCAGAGACGAGGUUCUCCCCCUGGACCGGCGGCUGUGGAGGCUGAGGGCUCACUGCGGCCCCGUGGCCGGCUCCAUCUUCGCCUUCGUGGCCGUGCUGGACUUCCUGUUCCUGCUGCUCCUGCAGUGGCUGGUGCCGGCCGAGGUCAUGGACGUCGCUGUGGACGCCACCGGCCCUCGCGGGCUGUGGAGGCGGAGGACGGGCAGCGGGAAGGAAGCUGAAGCCAAACGCACUGCCAAGCGAGUAGAGAGGGACACUCUGGCUGCUCCGUAGCGUCUCCAUCAUCUCCAUCUGCUGACACCGUGUCGUAUGUGCUGCUCCGCGGUGCCAACCGACGUUUUAAACAUGACUCCAGAGCCUUAAGCAUGCUCCCCCAGAACUGUUUACAUUUGAUUCACAAACGGGACCCUGUAUGGAAGCAUUUUAUUUGUGGUAUUUAUCUCUUUGAGGGUUUAUGAGCACUUUUUAAAAAUCUUUUAUACUGUACACGCUGCACUGACGAGAGGGAGCAAAUAUGCUGGUAAGAGCUGUAAACUGGCCGGCUUCUCAUCUCCUGGAGAGGCUCCUGCUUUGGAUUGUUAAAUUCACUGUUUUUUUGUUUUAAUAUUAGGGGGAAAAGAGUUUUAUCUGAUUUCAUCUUUAAAUGUUACAUAUUUAUCUUCAUUCUGGGAAUUUUCAGAUGAUCAUGAGACUUAUAAAAAUAAAAUAUUUUUACUAAUUUACAAACUAU